CCCUAUACAUAAGUUUACUUGAACUACAUAUACAUAACCUUAGAAUUUCAGUUAUCUACUCGUUAAAAUUUGCCAUGAGUGCCGUUUUAAAUGUACAUAAAAUUACCUUAAGUUUAAUAAAUGUUAACUUAAAAAGAGUGUACAGCAGUCGAGGAAGUACCUAUUUAUUUAAACAUCCCUGUAAAAUCGGCCCAAAGUAUGAUAUAUACAGGGCCUGUUCAACAACUGAUGCAAACAAGAAAACCUCACGACCCAAACCUGCCGGAAUUCUAGCGAAAGCACUAAAUAGAAUAAAACUUCAGUCUCUAGCUCCAAAGAACCAACCAGCUCGAGGAUGUUUUCAUCCGGGCUCCGGAAGUUUAGCCAGAGAUCAGGUAACGUUGGCCAAAGAAGUAACCGGCCGAGAGAUGGUUUACGCGAUGUCGAAGUACAUCUGGCCGGCAGACGAUGCAAAAAUUCGUAAACGAGUCGUUCUCGCCGUCGAACUACUAAUUAGUGCAAAACUGAUGAAUAUUGCGGUACCUUUUGUGUUCAAAUACGCCGUCGAUGCCUUAAAUUCAGAGGGGAUAUUGAAUAUGAAUACUCCCGCCGACACGAUUUUAACAGUUUCUACAAGUUUGCUGUUGGGGUAUGGUAUUGCGCGUAUGUGCGCAGCCGGUUUUAAUGAGCUACGCAAUGCGGUUUUUGCGAGCGUGGCUCAGCAGUCGAUUCGUAAAAUAGCCAAAAAUGUGUUCGUUCAUUUACAUAAUCUCGACCUCGCAUUCCAUCUUAGUCGGCAGACAGGUGCUCUUUCAAAAACGAUAGACAGGGGCUCACGAGGAAUCAACUUCGUUCUUACUGCUAUGGUUUUUAAUGUUGUACCUACACUGUUUGAGUUGACACUAGUUUCGACCAUCUUAGGUAUAAAGUGUGGUGCGCCAUUUGCAGCAAUCUCUUUGGGUUGUGUAAGUCUUUAUGCGGUAUACACGUUGCUUAUAACUCAAUGGCGUACGAAAUUUCGUGUGUAUAUGAACCAAGCCGAAAACGAAGCUGGAAAUAAGGCCGUCGACUCUCUAAUAAAUUAUGAAACUGUAAAGUAUUUUAAUAAUGAGAAAUUUGAGGCGGAUAGAUAUGACAAUGUGUUAAAAAAAUUCGAAGGAGCUAGUUUAAAAACCAGUUCGAGUUUGGCACUUUUGAACUUCGGUCAAAAUGCCAUAUUCAGUGUGGCUUUGAGCGCAAUUAUGGUUUUAGCGGCGCAGGAAAUUGUGAAAGGUAACUUGACCGUGGGUGACUUGGUUAUGGUGAAUGGUUUGCUGUUCCAGCUUUCGAUUCCACUGGGAUUUUUAGGCAGCGUAUAUCGUGAAGUGCGUCAGGCAUUAAUUGACAUGCAAACGAUGUUCACUUUAAUGACCAUGGAUACAGAUAUCAAGAAUAAAGAAUUGGCUCCACCACUAAAUGUGACUUCGAAAACUGCUUCGAUAAGAUUCGAGAAUGUUUCAUUCGAUUACGGUCCAGGCAAAAAAAUAUUUAACGAUCUUAAUCUGGUGGUUCCUGCUGGAAAAAAAAUUGCGAUCGUCGGCGGUUCCGGUUCAGGAAAAUCUACGUUGGUGAGACUUUUGUAUAGGUUCUACGAUCCGAAGGAAGGCGACAUUUUUAUUGGUGAUCAAAAUAUUAAAGAUGUUGACGUAGAAAGUUUGAGAAGGUGCAUAUCUGUGGUCCCGCAGGAUUCAGUUUUGUUCCAUGACAGUAUCAAGCAUAAUCUUCACUACGGUAACUUACUGGCCAGUGAAGAAGAGUUGGUUAAUGCUUCUAAAAUGGCGGAGCUCCACGAUAAUAUUGUUGCGUGGCCAAAAGGUUACCAGACGCAAGUAGGUGAGCGUGGAUUGAAAUUGUCUGGUGGAGAAAAACAAAGAGUGGCGAUUGCUAGGGCCAUCUUAAAAAAUUCGCCGAUUUUAAUUUUCGAUGAAGCCACCAGCUCACUAGACUCAAUUACUGAAUUUAACAUUCUGCAGGCAUUAAAACGUGCAACCGAAGGGCGAACAAGUAUUUGUAUAGCCCAUCGUCUUAGUACAGUUAUGGAUGCGGACGAAAUCAUAGUGCUCGAAAAUGGGAAGGUUUCGGAACGGGGUACACAUUCAAGUCUACUGGAAAAUCCAAAGAGCCUAUACUUGAAAUUGUGGCAUGCACAGAUAAAUAAAUAUCAAUCAUUUUAAAUUCAAACUGGCAGGUGUAUAUAUAAUGAAACGUAUCUCUAUGUAUAAACUGUAAUUUUAAUUGUAAAUAAUCAUUAUUAUGUUAUUAAUGAAUAAAAAAAUUUGAUGACACAA